AUGGAUCAAGUUCAGGCUCCUAUAAAUGUUCAACCAAUUGGACAAUCUGCUACUUCAAAUGAUGUUGCUGAACAACAGAACCGCUUGAAGAAAAAUGAGAAGAGAUGUAUGAGGGAAUUAAGAGGAGCUCUACCUCCUAUGCUGAAAACACAUGAAAGUGAAGUUGCAGAAAUGGUUGAAGAAUCAAAACAGAGUCUAGGAGGUCCUUUGGCUUUGGUUUCAAAGAUUUCAGAAAUUGAUAAUGGUGAAAUGGAAGGAUCAGACAAUGAAGGAAAGCCAAAUGAUGCGAAGAGUGGUUUCACAAAAGCUGGAGGUGAGGAAAAGAAGAAAUUGGAAAAAGUUGAAGAAAAGCAGAAAGAUGCGAAGGAAAUGAAGAAACUAAAAGGUGAUUCUGGAAUUUAUUGUCAUUACUGCAAUGGUGCAAAUCACUUCGCAGCUGAUUGCAUGUUGAGAAAGAAAGAGGAGAAGAAGAGCAAAAUUAAAGAUGAAGCCUACUAUUCAGAAAAGCUUGAAGAGGUGCGUGCAAAGGCAAAAGGAAUGUCAUUAGUUGCGAAUGGAGAGUCUAAUGAAGAAGAAAGUGGAACGAAUCAGAUCUGGGACAAUCUUGAAAAAGAAGUUAGGUUGUUACUAGCACAAAGAAAUAUUUACUGUAACUUUGCUAAACUAAAGGAUGAAAAUGAUAAAUCCUCUACUUCGCAACAUGGUGAUUUUGAUAAUGUGGAAGUUGAAAGCUGGAAGACUGAUGACACUGAUGAAGACAAAGAAGUGAAGGAUUCACAUACGACACCUCAACGAGUUGUUGUUGAUCAAGUGUUUGAUAACACAAUUUUUCCAAAUCAAGUUUUUGUCACAACUGGGAAUGUUGAGAAAAUUAAACCUGAAUUCAACAAAAUAGUUGAAAAUGAUAAUCAAAGGUCGACUACUAAAGCUUCUCCACAAUUCAUGCAUCAAAAUAUUGUUGAAAGAAAGAAGAACGAAGGCAGCAGCACCGAACUACCACCUCCAUCAAACCCUCGUCGCAGCUCACAGCCACCACCAGCACCGCCGGUUUCUGCUGCUGCUCCACCUCUGUGA